AUGCUCAAAUGGAUUUCUCAAUUAAUUUCAAUAGGCGCUACAUAUGUGCCUAAAGCUCGAUAUCACAAAAGCAUUUCAAUAAGGCGGGGAAAGUUUGGAAGGAAGAAAGGGGGCUCUACAUUUAAGGCAUUUAUAGAGUCCAAGCAGAAGAAUCGAAAGUUGAAGAAACUAAUGAAAUGGAAAACAAUUGCCAAGGAUGCACAUUUGGUAACCCCAAGUCGCUUCCAGAUUGUAGCUGAAUCCGAUUUUUCGCAAACACCUAAAACUGGUAGGGCAAUCGCUUCAGCCAAAUUAAAGAAACACGAAGAGUCGUUUCAGGGUGUGGCAAAGAACCAGCCUCCAAUGGCACAUUCUGCCAGUCCAUUUAAGGAAAUAGCAGGAAUCCCAAAGUCACUCUUGGAUAUUCUCGCAUCUACUUACAAAUUUUUGAGACUUUCUGAAAUUCAAAAACUGGGGAUACCAUCAAUUCUUCGCAACCAUUCCACCCUGUUGGCCGCCGAAACAGGAACAGGAAAAACCUUAGCUUACCUGAUUCCGAUAUUGGCAAAGCUAAAGCUUGAUGAGAAUCAAGCCCCCCCAUCAACAGAAACUCCUUCAAAGAGGGAUACAAUAAUUAGCCCUAAAUCCCUCAUUAUUGCUCCAACAAGAGAGCUAGCGCUUCAAAUCAUAUCUAUUGUCAAACUUUUAGCAAAACAAUAUCAUUUGAGAUCCGGAAUCAUUCUUCCUGGAUACACAAAGAAAGACUUGAUCAAAUGUGUUCCCUCUUAUGCUGGGAAGCCUAGCUCUGGAAUAGAUAUCCUUGUUACGCAUCCAUCUGCUUUUUCGUCGAUGGUCAGAAACAAGUUGCUCUAUUGGCGAGGAACAACCAAUCCGCUGACAUCUUCUCAAUUGCCGGUUUCUAAAAAAGUGCAUCCGCUAAUUACGACAGAUUUUCUUCGGCAUCUAGUAAUUGACGAGGCGGAUAUCUUGGCAGCGCCAUCUCCAAUUGAGACGGAUUGGAUUGCCGAUCUAAAGCACUUAUGCUUGCUUCCUCACCUAGCCUCACUGGUCUUUGUAACGGCCUCCAUAUCCAAACCUUUUUAUUCAAACGUUAUCAAAAAUUUAGCACCAGCCGCAAAGAUUAUACAUACAAAGGAGCUUCACAAGCCUCUCGAUGUUGUUAAGCAAAAGUUUUACAAGGUCUCUUUGGCUGGAUCAUCAAAGCCUCGUAAGCGUAUUGUUUUAUAA